AUGAAUUUUACGCCCAAGGAGACGAACUUCGCCACAACAGUAAAAAAAAUCAUCAAAGAAUGCAAGGAUAAUCCUCAUGAACCAAUUAGCGUCAAUAAAAUAGUGGAAUCUGAAAACUGCGAGAAGCGAAGGUUAUAUGAUUUAUUUAAUGUUCUUUGUGCGGUCGGAUUAUGCACCAAAACAAUGCAUAAAUUGUACUUAUGGAAUGGCGAUGAAAAUAUGCUCAGAACUAUCCAACAAGAAUAUGAACGAGUUGAAUCUCUCGUCAUAUCAAGGGAUAUGUGGGAUAUUUUCAAGAUGCCAGAAUCACCUCCAAUAGGUCAAUUAACAUUGGCAAUCAUUCUUGUUUAUUUGUUCUUUGGUACUGAGGAAAUGACUCUUAAACAAAUCUGCUUAAUCAUGACGCAGAAACGCUCCAAGAUGAACAGAUUGUUAAGGAGAUUGUACUUGGCAGCCUUCUUCUUAGAACAAAUCGGAGUAAUUACUCAUGCCUCCCAUAUUGGCUCUUACAAAUUAGCAAUUGAUACAGAAACAAUCAUAUCUACUGCAUUUGCUGAUAUGAAAGCUAGAUAUGUCUUUCCAAUCGACUCUAUUGCUUCUCAGCUUGCCACUAUUGACAACAAUUAUCUUGACGGUAUUAAGGCAACUCGAAAGGAGUUAUUAAUACAGAAGAUGAAAGCUUCUCAUAUCUCUGUCGCCAAUGGUUUUACCCAUGAGGUUGAACAAGACCAAGAUCAGGAAUUAUCACCCGAUCCUCUUUCGCCAGUGAAGAUGAUCGAAUUAUACUAA